CUGUUUACUAACUAACCCACCCAGUGUCUCUGCUUUAACUCCGCUUUAACUCAUCUUUAACUCUCAAACCGCUCACUGAACCGGGUUAUUCCAGCGAUUCGGGCCAGUUUAGCACAGUCUGGACCGGCAGGGGCAGAAGACCGCCUGCCAUGAAGACGAGCCCAGAUGACCAUCAGGUCGACGCUGUGGGGCCGUGGGGGUGAGAUGGAGGAGGCAGUGGUGGUGGAGAGUGGCAUCACGGAGAUUCCACAGAGCACUGUGGGGUGCGGAGAGAAUGGUACCAGCGUGGUGCUGGUCAGCAACCACAGCAGAGCCACACCCCCCCUCAGCGUGGUGUUGGCCACCGUCCUCUACUGUGCUGAGUUCAUCUGCGCUGCCGUACUCUGCGCCAGUUAUCACAACAACGGCGACAAGAUAUGGAUGGGCUUGACCAUCACCUUCGUGCUGGUGCCAUCCGUGCUCACCCAGCUCACCCUUACCUUCAUCCACCGGGACCUGGGGAGGGACCGGCCGCUGGUGCUGUUCAUGCAUCUGCUUCAGAUGGGACCGAUUAUCAGAUGUGUGGAAGCGCUGAUCAUUUACUGUAAAGCUGGAAAAAACGAGGAGCCUUAUGUUACAAUCACACGGAAGCGCAAGCUGAAGAACGGUAAAGCCGUCGGCUCUCCUAUGGAAUGGGAGAUCGGACACUCGGAGCGAAAGCUGGCUGUUCACCGCAACGCUUUCAAACGCACAGCUGUGAUCCAGGCUUUUCUGGGCUCGGCCCCUCAGUUAACACUACAGCUGUACGCCACCAUUCUGGAGAAAUAUCCACUGCCACCCAGAGUGGCUUUGAUGGUCAUCUCCCUGAUCUCAAUCACAUACGGAGCGCUGGUCUGCAGCGUUCUGGCCAUUCAGAUCCGGUACGACGACUACAAGGUGCGGAUGAAGUCCGGCGCCUACCUCUGCAUGGUAAUGUGGCGCGGCCUGGAGAUCACCGUCCGCAUCGCCUCCCUGGUGCUCUUCAGCACCACCCUCACCUUCUGGGUGAUCCCGGUGGGCCUCGGCAACCUGCUGAUCUUCUUCUUCCAGCCGUGGGUGGAGUUCUGGGCGAGGAGGGCCUCGCUGCCCGAGAACGUGGAGAAGAACUUCAGCAAGCUGGGCACCACCGUGGUGCUGUGCAUGGUCACGCUGCUCUACGCCUGCAUCAACAUCUUCUGCUGGUCGGCCGUCCAGCUCAACCUGGCCGACCACGACCUCAUCGAGAAGCAGCCGCGCUGGAGCCGGCUGGCCGUGUACUACACGCUGCGCUUCGUGGAGAACGUGGUGCUGAUGAUGAUGUGGUAUGUGUUCCAGUCGGACUUCUACACGUACAUAUGCGUGCCGCUGCUGGUGGUGCAGCUGAUCGUGUGCUACGGGCUGGCGGUGGUCUUCAUGCUGCUGUUCCAUCAGUUCUGCCACCCGGCCAGAAAGCUCUUCAAACAUAAUGUGGAGGACUGUCUGCGCUGCGCAUGCUGCUGCAGGAAAGACCGGUCGCUGUCGCAGUCUCAGUCGCAGUCUCAGGAAGAUGGAGUUCUAGUUACGGAGGAUGCACCACCCCCGGACCUCACCUCUCAGCUGGGGGAUCGAGAAACGGAUAUUCUAGAGGACACUAUGGAGGCGGCGUGAUCCAUUUGUUUCGGGCCAGACCUUGCAUAUUUGCACUGAACUGAUGCGUGCUCAGGACCUUCAGGUUUCAUUAAGGCAAUGCCUACGUUCACACAGCAGGUUAAAGUGGCCCAAAUCCUGUUUAUUUUAGAGAAUAUCUAUUUUUCAUUCUAAACACCAUUCAGCGAAAUCUGAUUCCACUUAUUUAAUCUGUCGAUCAGUUCCUUCUUCUUGUGUGCUUUAGUGCUGGAGUGCUUGAGACCUGCAGCCGUGCCGGUCCUGAUUUGUCUGGUUAGACUGUUUACACUAUUAAAUCAUUUUACAGUGAUCUAUAUCUGACAUAUUGAACAGAUCUGAAUAGUUCACACUCCUAAACUGAAGCUUAUUUGCUAAAGAGCAGCAGCGCUUCACGUGAAGUUUCGGUUUCAUCUUCUCCAGCAUCACAGGAGCUGUCUAGGAGUUCCAGUGUCUGCAGCUGGGUUGGCAUCCAUUUUCACUUCUCCUCGUGUUGUGAAAUGUAAAAAUUUUAAAUGUAGAAGAAGUCGCAUAAAUUCUGAUCUCAUGAUCAUAUACUGCGACUGGUUUGUGUUACAAAACGAUUUUUACUUGUUUACAAAGUUUACAUUACAGUAGCAGAGCAAAAAUCUGAUUUCUCAAGUUCAUAUAAACGUGUUGAUUGGGUUUAGCCACUUUUACCUGCCGUGUGAACUUAGCCGAGGUGAGGAGCUACACUGCUAAACUGAAAUUGCAGUUUAUUACAUGAACAAUUUCUGUGAUUUCAGUAUUAUUUUAUUUUUACAGCAUGAGGAUCUGGAAUGACACUGUGGUAAAGUUACAGGACUUACUGGUGUGGAAAUGAGCGGAGUUCGUUGAUUGAUUGACUGAUUUUCUGCUGGAUACCAAAGAAUGUCCUUUUGUUCACUGAUCAGUUUUGAGAGAUGCUUCGAUGCUUCACAAAGGUGUCUUUGAGAACAGGGCGGUCCACCUGUCUGUUGCCCAGGUGUGCUGGCAGCAUGCCAAAUAUCUGACUCGUAGAAAUCUGAUUAUUUUGGGCGCCUCUACUGCCUUACUGCCCUGUGGGUGAAAUAUAACAGACUAGACCAAAAGUAAAAAAAAAUUAAAUAAAAUAAAUAUAUAAUAAACAGGUUAUUCAGUCCUUUGUUGCCCUUAAGUGCUCUUUAAAACUCCAGUGUUCACAGCUAGGACUCAUUUCCUGUAAAACCGAGAUGGAGGAAGUGGUUUAAGGACACUGGAGCUCUUUGUGGAGUAAGACACACCUCUUCAGUUUUAAUACGUGACUCUGGAUUUUCCUUAUGACUCAUAAUCAGAAAAAAAUCUGUUGUGUUGAAAUGAAUGGCCUUGAUUUUAACAGCCAAAAAUGUCUUAAUUUGCUACAGAAUUGUUUUUUUGUUUGUUUGUUUCAACGGAUGGCUAUUUCUGGAUGGUUUGUGCCUAAAAGAUGUGCCUCCAAUCUACUGUACCUUGAAUAUAAUAUUAAUAAAAUAUUUUGAAUGUUUGAGA